AUGGCCGAAGAUACCAGCGCAGCGUGGCCCAUCGCCGAUGAGGCCCUCUCCCAGAGCCUCCUCGACCUUGUCCAGCAAGCCGCUCACUACCGUCAGCUGAAGAAGGGCGCCAACGAGUGCACCAAGUCCCUGAACCGCGGAACCUCCGAGCUCGUCAUCAUGGCCGCCGAUACCAGCCCUCUCGCUAUCGUGCUUCACUUGCCUCUUCUGGCUGAGGACAAGAACGUUCCCUACGUUUACGUUCCCAGCAAGAUGGCUCUUGGCCGUGCUACCGGUGUCUCCCGCCCUGUCAUUGCUGCCUCCAUCACUACCAACGAGGCCAGUGACCUGACCGCCCAGAUCCGCGCUAUCAAGAACCAGGUCGAGCGUCUCAUGAUCUAA